CGCCACCAAAGCAGGUGUGUGCGUUCAUGGAGAGCAGCAAGUGCGAAUAGAUGCACUCAACCAUCGUUGUCACCAUUAUGUUGUAGGUUGGGUUUUUUUUUGUUUGUUUGUUUUUUUUUUAAUACAGUGUUUGAUACUUCGAUGUUUUAGUUUGUGAACGCGUGCGCGGAAAAUAUCACGUGACGAGGAAGGAAAAGAAAGUAACGGCUGACUUGCUGACGAUUUGGAUGGUCUAAACUUGACACACACAGUUGAACUAAAACUAAAGCAAGUUGGGUUGGUUGGCAACAUGGAGGCGAGAGGAAAGUACGACUUUACGGCGACAACAGCAGGCGAGCUAAACUUUAAGAAAGACGACGUAGUCAAGAUUUUAAGCACGCACGGCGAGUGGUACAAAGCCGAGAUGGACGGACGUGAAGGCUUUGUGCCCAAAAACUACAUGAACGUGACCACACCAGCGUGGUUCCAGGAGAAUGCCACUCGUGGUGCAGCGGAAAAAAUCCUCAGCGCCAAACCCAUCGGAGCCUUUGUUAUCCGAGGAUGCCAAAGUUCACCUGGAAAUUUCUCCAUCUCUGUCAAGCAUGAGUGCGAUGUGCAGCACUUCAAGGUCAUCCGUGACGAAGGGGGUCACUACUUCCUGUGGGUUGAGAGGUUCACAUCCCUCAACAAGCUAGUGGACUUCUACAAAACUUCUUCCAUCUCCAAGACAACUAACAUCGUCCUCAACGACGGCACCGAUGCCACUAGAACACCCGGCACUCAAUUGGCAAGGGGGCAUGGCUGUGAGGAGCGCAUCAAGAGUGUCACUCAAUCAGGAAGAAGAAGCCCAAUCGGUUCUGCUCGAGCUCCUGACACUACCCAGCUCUGCCAGCAGAGGACGCCGCCGCAGCAGGUUUUGGCUUUGUACAACUUCAACGCAGAAGAAGACGAUGAAUUGAGCUUCUCUGCUGGCGACAUCAUCAAUAUCACCGAUGCCUCCGACCCGGCUUGGUGGACAGGGCGGUGCGGUGGAAGGAAAGGACUCUUUCCGGCAAACUACACCAAACCGCUAUGAUGCAAGACACUCCAAGAAUGAGGAUGAGGUAGAAGAACAACAAGAAGAAAGAGAAGAGGAAGAGGAGAAAGAAACCAAGUGUGGCUAUGUUUAUUAGGUACAGGAGAAAUGUUACAAAAUAAUAGAACAUUUCACUUUGAUGUUUUUUUUUACUUUUUAUGUACAGCAAAAGCAUCAGUAAGAAUUUGUAGCAUGAGAAAAGUGUGCUAUGCAAGGCAUCAUGGGAAGGCAGUAGGGCUAGGCUGUUGUAGCAAUUCAUUUCAGGCUAUUAGUUAAAAAGAAAUCAACGAAAGCAAAAAAAAAAUGUGUUUUUUGUUGACAAAAGUGAGAUGUUCUCGUGAGAUUUUAUGCAGUGUGUCCCAACUAGGGAAGGGAAUUGAUCAGAAUUUAGUGAUUCCAAUUUCAUUAUGGAUCUGAUUUGUUAUCAAUUGUUAUUGAAUGAAGAAAUGAAGUGUUACAACUUGUUUCCUUCAACACUUUUAUAUCUUCAGCUUAAAACAGAAGGUACAGGAUAUCCAUAUGCAGAAUGCGUUACUAAUUUGGAAUGUAUCCUUACCUCUCCGAGUAUUGCCUAAAGUAUUCACUCACCUGCCUUGACUAACGUGAAUUUACGCGCUAUCCCAUUCUUAAACCACAGAAUAGAAUAUGACAUCGGUCAUUUAUUUAUUAUUUCUUGUAUUUGGGGCUGGGGGUGUGAUAAGUACAAUUGUCAGCCAAGCUAACACAAUUCCUAGAAAUCAAAUUACUCAUUACUUAGACCUAUCCAAAACAGUUCACCGCAAUUCUUGGUUGAUUGUUUUUUGCGUUAGUAAAUUUUUUUUUCCCCAUGUCUUUUUGUUACCAGUGGUUUUUUUUUAUUUAAAUAUAUAUAUAUAUAUAUAUAUAU